AUGCAGGAGUCUCCAGGUGCGGUUGGUGUGGAUGGCAGCUACACUAGUAAUGUUCCAGCCUUUCUAACUAAGCUGUGGACCCUGGUUGAGGACCCAGACACCAACCACCUUAUCUGCUGGAGUGCCACUGGGACUAGUUUCCAUGUGUUUGACCAGGGUCGCUUUGCUAAGGAGGUUUUGCCCAAAUAUUUUAAACACAACAACAUGGCAAGCUUCGUCCGGCAACUCAACAUGUAUGGUUUUCGUAAGGUGGUAAACAUCGAGCAGAGUGGUUUGGUGAAACCUGAGAGAGACGAUACAGAGUUCCAACAUCUGUACUUCCUCCAGGGACAUGAGCACAUGCUGGAACACAUCAAAAGAAAGGUGUCUAUAGUGAAGAGUGAAGAGACUAAAGUUCGUCAGGAGGACCUCAGUAAGCUGCUGUACGAAGUCCAGCUUCUCAGAACACAACAGGACAACAUGGAGUGUCAGAUGCAGGACAUGAAGCAGCAGAAUGAGGUGCUGUGGCGGGAGGUGGUGUCACUGAGACAGAAUCACACGCAGCAACAGAAGGUCAUGAACAAGCUGAUUCAGUUUCUGUUCAGCCAGAUGCAGUCCAACACACCCAGCACUGUGGGCCUAAAGAGAAAGCUGCCUCUGAUGUUGGACGAUGGCUCUCCCAGCCCUCCUGCCUCCAAGUUCAGCCAUAGUCACCAGAUGGAAGCCAUCCACGAGCCCUUCUACAUCCAGUCGCCAUCCAGUGAUACUGCUUCCUGCUCUGCUAGCGGACUUGCAGGAGGACCGAUUAUAUCCGAUGUUACUGAUAUGUCUCAGGCGAGCAUGGCUCUGCAGAUGCAGCCUGAUGAGACUAGGGAGAAGUGCAUGAUGCUGAUCAAAGAGGAGCCUGUGAGUCCAGGGGUACGAGGGGGAGGAAAAGGAAGCAGUGUACCGGGAGGAGAAGCUGUAGCGUUGACCUCCCCGUGUGAGGUGUGCUCCUCUGAACCGCCUGUCCUCCCUGUUGCAAUGGUCCAAUCUGUUCUGGAGGGGAGGGGCUCUGUAGGCUCCAUGCUGGAGAGGAGGAGCAAGAGACCUGCUCUGGAGAGAGCUGAGGUUGCAGACACAGUGGAGAAUGUGGACAUGAGCCUGGAGGAGCUGCAGCAGCUGCUUCUUAGGAGCCAUCAGCAAAACGCUGUGGAAGCUGGGACCAGUGCCGUCAUGGAUCCUUUCAGUCUAAGUCUGCCUCUGACUGAGUGGAACUUCACGGAGAUGGAGUCCAACCUCAAACCAUACAUGUUCCAGAACCAGGAAGUCGAGGCUUUUCCAGCCGCUGGCUGUGAAGAACAGUGA